AUGGCGCAAAAUGCCGUCAACGAGGCUCGGAGAAAGCGAGGGGCGCGUUACGUCGAAGGCGAACAAGCUGAAGCUCCUGUGGCGGAACCACCGCCACCGGAACCGACACCGACGCCAGAACCAGCGCCAGCCCCGACUCCAGCUCCGGCCCCGCCAGCGGAACCUGUUCCUACGCCAUCACCAGCGCCCUCACCGGCACCUCCAGCCGAAGGUGCUCCAGCAGCUCCUCCCGCAGAAGGUGUCCCACCGGCGGAAGGUGCUGCGCCAGCACCUGCUGAAGGUGCGCCACCAGCAGCUCCAGCAGAGGGUGCUGCACCAUCUGCGGAAGGUGUUGUACCACCGGCGGAAGGAGCUGUACUUCCGGCCGAAGGAGCUGCACUUCCGGCCGAAGGAACCGCACCUGUUGCUCCUGCGGAAGGAACAGCGCCGCCAGCGGAAGGUGCACCCGCUGAAGGAGCACCUCCAGCCGAAGGUUCUGCACCCGUUACUGCUCCUGCCGAGGGUGCACCUGUAGAGGGAACACCAGUAGAAGGUGCAACACCAGCAAUACCGGAAGGAACUCCUGCGGCUCCGCCAACGGAAGGAGCUCCCUCAGCCGAAGGAAUUGCCCCUGCCGCAGCUCCAGCAGAAGGUGCACCAGUCGCACCCCCCGAAGGAGCCGCAUCCGCCGCUGCGCCCGCAGACGCGACAUCUGCAACUCCAGCGGAAACCGCACCGGCGCCCGCCGAAACUAAUCUAGUUUUGAUAUUGCGAGUUACAAUCCGCAUCAGAGGCAAUCCCGCGCUAAAGAGCGCGAAAUACAUCAUGAAUGCACCUGCAUCGUAACUUGGGCGGAAAAGAGGGCAAAAAGCGAGAGAAAGAGAGAAAGAGAGAGAGAGAGAGAGAGCGAAGGAUCACACACUUUGCCGCAUAUUUUCCUCUCGUUGACGUCAAACUUUGCGGAACAUCUGCACGUUCAACAGUAACGAACGGAUAUGAGACCGCGGCCUAUAUGAUAUCGUGGCUCGCACUUUUCUUAUCGUCAUCAUCAUUAUCAUUAUCAUCGUCAUCGUCAGCAUCCUUAUACCGUCAUCUCUAUCGCCGCCGUUGUCUCAUCGCUCACGCCUUGCAUAUUCAUCGCUCAUGCAUCACGAAAACUCGCACGUGCCGCACGAGAUGCAAAGGAAACCAGAAUAAUACGAGUGCAAGAAAGAGAGAGAAUGGGGGGGGGGAGGGGGGUCGCGUGUCUUGUAGCGCGAUAUGUCUUAUGGUCGAGAACUCGACGCGCAGCUCAUAUUUUAUUUGUCUCAUAUCCGUUAUGAGAAACGAAUCCGCACGUCAUUAAAAUGCCGGAAAGAGGACAGUCCUUAUUUAACGAAUGCUGCGAUUAUUUAUUAAUCGAGAUUACGUCGAGUACACGUUUCGUCACGUUCGCUCGAGAGCAUCCGAUAACUUUUCUAUCAAACAAUCGUUAGGUAUUAAUCGCAACAACGGUACAAUUAACCAACUGCGCCUCGGAAUUUUCUGUAAAUAAUCCGCUGCGGCACGUCGCAGUUCUCUUUACACAGAUCGAUAUCGAAUCGACACAUCUUCUGUACACGAGAAAUUGGAUUUCGUAAUAAAAGCUUUUCUUCGAUUAC